UAGACCUGCUCAGCUUCACUUACUUGACAGUGUUAGUGUUUGCGGGUGCUGAACACGGCGGACAGCAGCAGCCGGAUAGAAAUCUGCAAAGAUGGCCUCGGCAACAGCGACCUACGGACAGAAAGAGUCUUCGGACCAGAACUUUGACUACAUGUUCAAGAUCCUCAUCAUUGGCAACAGCAGCGUGGGAAAAACCUCCUUCCUGUUCCGCUACGCCGACGACUCGUUCACGCCGGCGUUCGUCAGCACAGUGGGGAUCGACUUCAAGGUGAAGACAAUCUACAGGAACGACAAGAGGAUCAAACUACAGAUCUGGGACACGGCGGGUCAGGAGCGUUACCGCACCAUCACCACAGCGUACUACCGAGGAGCCAUGGGCUUCAUCCUCAUGUAUGACAUCACCAACGAGGAGUCCUUCAACGCCGUCCAGGACUGGUCGACUCAGAUUAAGACGUACUCAUGGGACAACGCCCAGGUGCUGCUGGUAGGAAACAAAUGUGACAUGGAGGAUGAGAGGGUGGUGAACGCAGAGAGAGGCCGGCAGCUCUCAGAACAUCUUGGUUUUGAGUUCUUCGAGGCCAGCGCUAAGGACAACAUCAACGUGAAGCAGACCUUUGAACGCCUUGUCGAUAUCAUCUGUGAAAAGAUGUCUGAGAGUCUGGAUGCCGGCGAUCCCGCCGUUACGGGGGCCAAGCAGGGGCCCCAGCUGACAGAGCAGUCUGCCCCUCCCCACCAGGACUGUGCAUGUUAAAGCUGACUCAGCAAUUCUUCCUGCUGUCAUUUUCCCCUCCGCUCCUUCAGCCGGACCCCCGCUCCUCAGAUCCUUACUUCAGCAUCCUGUUCGCUCCUCUUCCUGCUCCUUUUUGUUGGCUGAUGAUCACAAGAGAAGGGCUGAAAAGAGUCUGGGACGCUGCAGCAGGUGGUGUCCCCACAUUUUACCGAACGUGUUUCCGUUGAGUUCCUCCGCAUUCGGGAGACGUUAAGGUGUUUUUAAUCAGCGCAGGUGUUGAU